CCCCGGGUUGAGGGAGCUUGACGCUCUGGGGUUGCCAGGGUGACGGGGAUACAACAUGGCGCGCUGACAAGUUCUCGGCGCGGGGAGCGGAGGGCGGGGGGCCCUGGCGCUUCAGAGAGGACCCUCGCCGCCCCACACCCCCCUCCCCACCGGAGGGCACGCGCGGGGAAAGCAAGCGGAGGAUGAACAAAUAUAAAACGAUUGGUAAGAUUGGCGAGGGAACAUUUUCUGAUGUUCUGAAGGUACAAAAUUUCAAAGAUGGACAAUAUUAUGCAUGUAAACAAAUGAAACAGCAUUUUGAAAGUAUUGACCACGUGAACAGUAUGAGAGAGAUACAAGCACUAAGGCGACUGAAUCCACAUCCAAAUAUCCUCACGUUGCAUGAAGUGAUAUUUGACAAGAAAGCCGGUGCUGUGGCAUUGAUAUGUGAACUCAUGGACAUGAACAUUUAUGAACUAAUCAAAGGGAGGAAAAAACCAUUGCCUGAAGGAAAAAUAAUGAAUUAUAUGUACCAGUUAUGCAAGUCUCUUGAUCACAUGCACAGGAAUGGGUUAUUUCACAGAGAUGUAAAACCAGAAAACAUAUUAAUAAAGCAGGAUCUUCUGAAGCUUGGGGAUUUUGGUUCCUGCAGAAGUAUACACUCCAAGCAGCCUUAUACAGAGUACAUCUCUACGCGCUGGUACAGGGCACCUGAAUGUCUUCUCACAGAUGGGUACUACAGUUAUAAAAUGGACAUGUGGAGUGCUGGCUGUGUGUUCUAUGAAAUUGCAAGUUUCCACCCACUCUUUCCUGGAUCUAAUGAACUGGACCAAAUAUCAAAAAUCCAUGAUAUUGUAGGUACUCCUCCCAAGAAGAUUCUUAAUAAGUUCAAGCAGUCACGAGUGAUGAGCUUUGAUUUUCCCAUCAGAAAAGGGAAAGGAAUCUCUCCAUUUAUGCCUAGCUUGUCAAACAAGAGCCUAACUCUUAUGUAUGCAAUGAUACAAUAUGAUCCUGACGAGAGGAUCUGUGCCCAUGAAGCCCUACAGCACCCUUACUUCAGAGAAUUAAGGUGGGAUUUUGUCUGGCUCUGUGCUGAACAGGUUGGCAGAGAAACAAGCUUUGACCAUACGCAGAAGAAUGAGAUUAGCAGAAAACCCAGUAGAAAGGGAGACUCUCAGCUUGCGUCGUAUUUCAAAGGAGGAUCAAAGAACUUUCUUAGGAGAGCCCAGGAGAAUCCACUGGGACGUCGUGGAUUUCCCUAUACAGUGGAGUUGCCCAAACUGGCUGUUCCUGAAGUAACCAACUUGACUUCUUACCCUAAUCCUCCAUUUCAGUCAGUUUUUCCUCUCCCAGCAAGCAACGGGCAAGUCCAAGUGUUGCAGCCCAUAACAUAUUUUGGGACACACUGCAAGUCUGAAAGACAGAAGGAAUUUAAAUCCCCUGUGAAACACUACCACUUGCCUGCUCUGGGAAGAAGAGGUGGUUACUGAUGGACUAAGAAUCCCUUGUGCUCGCCAAUACUUUUGAAAGGUACACUAACAGCAAUAGUGCCUUAUCUUCUCAAAUGCUGCAGCAAGAUGCUACAAUAUUAUUAUUUUUGUGCUUAACUUUAAAAAAAAAGGAAAAGGAGCCUUUCUACGUGAGCACCGUUUUCAUAACUCAGUCUGCACUUCAUUUUUUUUAAAGCUCCCGAUGUACAAUUUUAUUUCCUCUUAAGUGGGUCAUACAUUUGUUCCAAUUGUGCUGCUCUGGUAGGAAUGGAAUUGUUACUACUUUUAUAUUAAAUACGAUACAGUACUUCUUAUUUAAGAUGUGUUGAAACUGAAUUUGUGUAUUUUUGUAAAUGUGACUGUGGAGAUAUAGAUUGAAGCAGCGGGGAAGGUGUUUGGUAGUUUCAAAACCCGAGUCUACUUAGUGUCUUCUGGAGUAUGUUACAUCUGAUUUGAGUGCAAUCUUGUGUAAAGAUUUAUUUUCCAAAUUAUGUAAAUGGGCAGAUUUUCUCUGCAUGCGUCGUUCGUAAGAUCAAGUUAGUCUUGCUGUUGCUCUCCCAACAGAUUCCUGUAGCACGGAAGCUUAAACAGCAUGGGCAUGCUUUAUCAGUUAAAAUACGAUUUGUCACAUGCUCAAUACAAUUUCACUUCAAAGAACACAUUGUGCAUUUGUGCUAAAAGAGCCAAUAAUAUCUGAAAGUAUAUUUUGUGGGGGAGGGGCCUUGUAUCUGCCAGGGACAAGAAAAUUCUUAAGUCGCUUUCAGAAUGACCGUUUAAAUGAAAAAUAAAAAUGCCGUUUUAUUAAAAUACAGGGUUUUGAAAUGGUA